UUUUUUUGUCAGCGUGAGUGCAUCUCCAUCCAUGUUGGCCAGGCUGGCGUUCAGAUCGGGAAUGCCUGUUGGGAGCUCUACUGCAUUGAACAUGGGAUCCAGCCAGACGGCCUUAUUCCAAGUGAAAUGCGCACCGGUGGAGGAGACGACUCUUUCAGCACCUUCUUCAGUGAGACUGAAGCAGGAAAAUACGUCCCUAGAACGAUUUUUGUGGACUUGGAGCCCAUUGUUGUUGAUGAAGUGAGAACUGGGCGCUUCAAACAACUGUUCAACCCUGAGCAGCUGAUCUCUGGGAAGGAGGAUGCUGCUAACAACUACGCCCGUGGACACUACACCAUCGGGAAAGAGCUUGUUGAACCUGUUAUGGACAGAAUCCGUAAACUGUGUGACCAGUGCACCGGGCUUCAGGGCUUCCUGAUCUUCCAUAGCUUUGGCGGAGGAACCGGCUCUGGUUUCACCUCCCUCUUGAUGGAGCGCCUGUCUAUAGAUUAUGGCAAAAAGUCCAAGCUGGAGUUCGCCAUCUACCCAGCUCCUCAGGUUUCCACGGCUGUAGUGGAGCCCUACAAUGCCAUCCUCACUACCCACACCACCUUGGAGCACUCAGACUGUGCUUUCAUGGUGGACAAUGAGGCCAUCUACGACAUCUGCCACAGAAACUUGGGCGUUGAGCGUCCAACCUACACUAAUCUCAACAGGCUGAUGGCUCAGUUGGUGUCCUCCAUCACAGCAUCUCUUCGCUUCGAUGGAGCUCUGAAUGUUGACCUGACAGAGUUCCAGACCAACCUGGUGCCCUAUCCUCGGAUCCACUUCCCACUGGCUGCCUAUGCCCCUGUCAUCUCAGCUGAAAAGGCGUACCACGAGCAGCUCACUGUAUCUGAGAUCACAUCCUCCUGCUUUGAGGCAUCCAACCAGAUGGUGAAGUGUGAUCCCCGCCACGGCAAGUACAUGGCCUUCUUCUAG